GAACGACCUACCCACCUUAGGACCAUGGCUAUGGGAAACGGGAGCACAGUGACUGAAUUCACCCUGAUGGCCUUCCCAGCUCUCCUGGAGAUUCGAAUACUCCUCUUUGUGGUUCUCUUGCUAACUUACACAUUAACAGCAACAGGAAACCUUACCAUCAUCUCUCUAAUAUGGACUGAUUCUCACCUGCAAACCCCAAUGUACUUUUUCCUCAGUAAUUUGUCCUUUCUGGAUAUUUUAUACACCACUGUUGUUACCCCAAAGUUGCUAGCCUGCCUCCUAGGAGAAACGAAGACCAUAUCCUUUGCAGGCUGCAUCACCCAAACAUAUUUCUACUUCUUUCUGGGGACAGUGGAGUUUAUCCUCUUGGCUGUCAUGUCCUUUGACCGCUAUGUGGCCAUCUGUAACCCCCUGCGUUACACCCUCAUCAUGAACAGCAGGACCAGCUUCCUACUGGUUCUGGGAUGCUGGGUGGGAGCUUUCUUGUCUGUGAUGGCACCAACCAUUGUAGUGACAAGGCUACCUUACUGUAGGAAAGAAAUUAAUCACUUUUUCUGUGACAUUGCCCCUCUUCUACAGGUGGCCUGUAUAGAUACUCGCCUAAUUGAGAAGAUAAACUUUCUUCUCUCUGCCCUGGUCAUCCUGAGCUCCCUUGCAUUCACUACUGGGUCCUACAGCUACAUCAUUUCUACCAUCCUGCGAAUGCCCUCAGCCCGAGGCCGUCAAAAAGCUUUUUCUACCUGUGCCGCUCACAUCACUGUCGUCUCCAUUGCUUACGGGAGCAACAUCUUUGUGUAUGUGAGACCAAAUCAAAAAUACUCACUGGAUUUUGACAAGGUAGCGGCUGUCCUCAUCACAGUAGUGACCCCUCUUCUGAACCCUUUUAUUUACAGCUUAAGAAAUGAAAAGGUAAAGGAAGUGUUGAGAGAGACAAUGAACAGAAUUGCGUCCUUGACAUUAAGGAAAACUUGACAUUGCUAUACACUACAUAAAA